CUCAAGUUGAAAAAUGCUUCCAUUUCCUUGAAACCCGACUAUCGAGGACAAGUGUGGUUUAAUGGACUACUUAAAUUUCUUGCAAAGCUAAGAUGCACUGAAAAUCUGUCACUUGAGGUGGCUUACGAAAAGGAUUUGAUUAUUCCGGAAUCGGUGAGGAUGAACUGCCGUCCUCCCCUGUAUGCUGUCAAACAUCUGGAUGUAGCGUUCCGUCUAUCAAGAUUGAAGCAUCCUGUUCAAGUAAUCGAGUCUCUUUUGUGGCUUGCUCCUCGUCCAGAAGCUAUAUCCAUAUGCGGUACUGAAUUUUCUGCUCUCAAGAAACUCGAGUUCACAUAUGAAAAGCCAUUGAGGGGCAAGAAGAAAUGUGGUUGCUAGAAAUCUGUGUCUGUAAACUCUUGGAGGCACUCCCUUGCCAAAGUCUGUAUCGGGUGAUUUUUAUUUUUGAAUGAAAGGCGACUUUCGUUCGUUGCUAUAUUAUUCAGGAUGUGAUCAUUCCGGAGAUGCUGAGGAUGAAACGCCGUCCUCCCCUGUAUUCUGUCAAG